AGGAAAAUCGGAUGCCCAGACUGUUUGGAUAUGGUCCUGAGCGUGGCACAUUUGAACACCUGGCACAUAAGGGUGUUGGAGAAAAAGCCUGACACAAAUGCCUUUGUGAGGACCACAACUGCCGUCACAAUGUUUAACUCGGGUGUGAAGAUUAACGUAAUCCCGUCAUACGCUGAAGCUUUUGUCAAUUUCCGUAUCCACUCAGCCCAAACGCUGCAGGAGGUUAUGGAUUUGGUCAAGUCAACCAUAUCAGAUGAGCGUGUGAAGGUAGAGAUGGUCGAUGGAUUCGACCCACUGCCCAUCAGCUCCUAUGAUGAGCAGGCUUUUGGGUUCCAGGUCAUAAAGAAAACAGUGCAGGUCAUGUUUCCUCAGCUCACAGUGGCCCCUGGUAUCUGUGUUGGCAACACUGACAGCCGGCACUACAAGGACAUCACCCGAGACAUAUAUCGCUUUGCACCAACGUGGUUCAAACCAGGUGAUCCUCAGAGAUUCCACGGUGUGAACAAGAGAAUCUCCAUUAAGAACUAUGAAGAGAUCGUGCUGUUCUACUUCCAGCUCAUCCAGAAUAAUGACAUCAGGAAGUUGCCGCCACCUCACAGUAGCCAGCAUGAGCUGUAAAUGGUGAGAUGUUACUUGCACUAAUCUCAAGACACUGAAGGUUAAGAAACUAAGCUAAAAAAAAGAAAAAAAAAGAAACUAAGCUAAGGGAGCUUUGUUUUAACAGAUAUGAAUUGAAUAUCUGGAUAAAAUUAAUACAGCAGCUUUAGAAAAAAACUAAAGAAUUGAAGGUUGUGAAACAUUUCAAUUAUAAAGAUUCAUUCUUGCAUUCCUUACUGAAUGAUUUAAAAACACAUCACAAGUUUGCUGUUUGUCAGGUGUUGACAGCAGGGCAUGGGUGUAAUUAACCCUGCACUUAGGUUUACAUUACAUUCAGGCAUUUGGCAGAUGGUUUUAUUCAAAGUGGCUUACAGUAUACAGUAUGUGUAUACUAUAAAUAAUGUCAUAUUACAUACAUACUGUAUGUAUUUCUAUUUGAACUAAUUGUUAUUAGUAACGUCUGACCAAAUAAUUAUAAGUUUGUUGACUGAAUGUUAAACAUAAGCAACCCUGACGAAAACAAAAGCAUUGCUAAGCACAAUUACACUUCAACUGAGCGUCACAGAAAAAGAAUAAGCUAGCUAUGUGAAUAAAUCAGACAAAUAUGGGCAUUGUGAUGAUGAAUUGAUCAUUAAUGAGUGAUGAUUAGUUUUCUAGAUUAAUAGAAUUUUCCACAAUUUUGAGUGUCACGUUUUGUGUUUGAAAGUGUUACUGGGUUCAGGGGAGAGCUGGAACAAACAUCUCACUUGUUAUCUCUGGUUAAGUCUGCUUCAAAACGCAGUUUAUAUUUCUGACUUUACACUGUCAGACUUGCUGCUUUGGUGUUUUGGACCAACUUUCUGAGAGAUUCAUACAACACCCUGAGCUCUCCUUAUAGUUACUCUACUAUUCUUAAUAGUGUUUGCAUUUUUGGAGAUUUUAUUGAAGGUUAACGCUGUGGUACAUUUUCAAAAAUUGCAGUAUGGGCAAUAGAUAAUGUGUUAGACUGAAGUGAUUUAUUAUGACAUCCUUUGAUCAAUUAUGUCUGGCUCCAUAAGCAUUUGCUUCUGGAUAUCACUUGCAUCACAAAGCUGCAGCUCAACACUGUUAUUGUUUUUGGUUGUUAGAAUGUUACUUUGAAUUCUUAGUUAUUUUUUGCACUGAAAAUUACUGUAAAUGUUGUUCAUUGAUUAUUUUUAUGAAAUUGAUUUAAUUUCAUGAAUGGAAGUGUUACAUUAUUAAUAAAAAAAUGUUAAUACAAACAUA